AUGUUCCGACUACUACUACCGUAUGACAACAAUGGCCACUACCGCAUCAUCAUCAAACAGAAGAAGAAGGAGAAGGGGGACAAGGACGAGGACGUUCUCAAUAGCGAGCAUAUCCGUCGUGCAAUGGCGGACAUCCUGGGGGAGCGGCUAGUUCUACAUUGGGAAAUGAUGAGAACAAGUGCCUUGUACAAAGCUUCCCAUGACUGCAUGCAUGAGAAGUUAAAGAGUGUUGUGGACACAUUUCUGCCUCCGGAGUAUGGCAUCUGCAUCCCCACGUCAGCAGCGGCAGAAGCAGCACCCAUACUAACAACAACACCCUCAGAAGCAGUGAAAGCAGCACAACAACUCGACUCAGCACUAUGGACAGCGAUACUAGCAUCAGCCGCAGCAACACCUGCAGCCAUAGAAGCAGCAGCAGUAGCACUCGUUGAAAUAGUAACCUCACAUGCACCCUUGCUGCAGCAGUACUCAUCGCAGACAACACCAUCAACAACACCCGUAGCAGCAGCAGAAGCAGCCACCACACAGGAAGAAGAAGAUGCAGCUGCAGACGCAGCAACAACACCCUCACUAAAAGUAUUCAUCAAUGCACUACAGAUGGCGCAAUGCGCGGCAGGUGUGAGGACAUCGAAGGGGACACCCCGAGAAGCAGCAGCAACAAAACAAUUCGCCUCAGCACUAUCCUGGGCGGCAGCAACAGCCACCGCCGCCACACCCACAGCAGUAGAAGCAGCAACAGCUGCACUCGUCGCCGUAGUAACAGGAGUAACUUCAGCGCAGUCAUCAUCACCACCACCUUCACGAUCACCGAUGGACACCUCAGAUGCUGCAGCAUCCACACCAAAACCAGUGGCAGUCACCACAGCACCCUCAUCAACAGCACCCACACCAAAACCAGUGGCAGCAGCAAUGGUAGCAGCAGUGGCACCAGCAGUGGCAGACACCACCCCCACAGCCAUAGAAGCACCAGUAGCAACACCCUCACCAACAGAACUAUUCGAUGCGCUCCACGCAGCAGCAACAACACCCACACCAGCAGCAGCAGCACCAGAACUCAUCUCAGCACUAUACAGAGCGGCAGUAGCAGCCGCAGCAGCAACACCUUCACCAACAGAAGCAGCAGCAACAGAAGCACUCGUUGCAACAUUGAGCAGGCUACCUGUGUGA